CCUUGGGGGAGAGGGUUCUGUCUCUGGGCGAAGGUGCGCAGCUCCCGUCUACCAGCCAGUCCCCCGGCGUUCCGGUUUCCUUUCUCUUUUCCUGCCGACCUUUGCCAGGUCGGCCUGAGCUGGCUUCUCCCAGGGGGAUGCUGUCCUUGCUGCUCUGCGGACUCUCCCUCGCUCUCCCACCCUUUGUCCGAGCAGAUGCAUGCAAGGAUGUUAGUCUGCAAAAUGAGGCACCUUCAGCAGGCCAACCUUUUGCUUUUGACUGUACACACCCACCACUAACAUCUGGGAAAGUACAUGUAACAUGGUAUAAAUAUCCUAGCAAAAUCCCAGUAUCCAAAAACACACAGUCUAGAAUUCACCAGGAGCAAAACUGGAUUUUGUUUCUCCCCCUGACACAGGAGGACUCUGGGAUCUACCAAUGUGUUAUAAACGGCACAGACACCUGUCACAGAAUACAUGUUAACCUCACUGUGUUAAGAAAAGACUGGUGUGGUAUUUCUGGAAAUGGCCAGCUGAUUUUAUCAGAUGAAUACAAACAAAUACUUCACGCAGGAAGGGACGACAGCCUUACCUGUCAUCUGAACUUCCCACAGAGUUGUGUUUUAGAUUCACUGAAGUGGUAUAAGGACUGUGAAGAGAUUAAAGGAGAACGGUUUAUUUCCUGGGAAAUGAAGCUUUCAGUGAGCAAUGUUUCGGCAGAGGACGGAGGGAGCUAUGCAUGUCAAGCCCGACUGACACACAUAGGGAAACAGUACACUGUUGUAAACAGCAUCACUGUGAAUAUUGCAGAAACAAAUGGAUAUGCAGGAAGAAUUCCUAAAAUCAUUUAUCCAAAAAACAAUUCAAUUGAAGUACAACUGGGCUCCCCUCUUAUUGUGGACUGCAAUAUCACAGACACUAGGGAUAAUACAAAUCUCCGGUGCUGGAGAGUCAACAACAUGUUGGUGGAUGAUUAUUAUAAUGAAUCCAGACGCAUCAGAGAAGGAUUUGAAUCACACAUUUUUUUCCAGAAAGAUAUUUUUUACACAGUGAACAUAACCUUCUUGGAAGUGAAAAUGGAAGAUUACGGCCAUCCUUUUGUCUGUCACGCUGGAGUGUCCGCAGCAUAUUUUAUUUUAAAACUCCCAGCUCCGAAUGUUCAAGCUUACUUGAUAGGAGGACUUCUCGCCUUGGUAGGCGCAACAGCGUCUGUCAUGUACCUCUACAACAUUUUUAAGAUCGACAUUGUACUCUGGUAUCGAAGUGCUUUCCAUUCUCCCGGGAGCAAAGAAGAUGGCAAGAUCUAUGAUGCCUAUGUCUUAUACCCUAAGCCUCAAAGAGAAAUCCAGAGCCAUGAGGUAGACACACUUGUGUGGAAGAUUCUGCCUGAGGUGCUGGAGAGGCAGUGUGGAUAUAAAUUAUUUAUAUUUGGCAGGGAUGAAUUUCCUGGACAAGCGGUGGCCAACGUCAUCGAUGAAAACAUCAAGCUAUGCCGGAGGCUGAUCAUUGUCUUAGUUCCUGAAUCCCUGAGCUUUGACGUGUUAAAGAACAUGUCGGAAGAACAAAUUGCAGUCUACAAUGCACUCAUCCAGGACGGGAUGAAGGUCAUCUUGAUUGAACUAGAGAAGGUCAAGGACUACACGGCCAUGCCGCAGUCAAUUCAGUACAUCAAGCAGAAGCACGGGGCCAUCCAGUGGAGCGGGGACCUCACAGAACAGUCACAGUGUGCCAAGACCAAAUUCUGGAAAAAAGUGAGGUACCACAUGCCUCCCAAAAGGCCUCCACCAUCUUCUUCUGCCCAGCCACUGAAGCACACGUCCUGACCCCUCCUGGUUGGCUAGUGGGGGGCCGACAUGGGGUUGGUCACCUGUGAUGGCAUUGUUGGCAUGAGGUGGUUCACGGAUGGCAUGGAUGCCUGGCAUUUGGGCCGUCGGCUUGAAGCUUGCCGUUGUGUCCUUGUUGUGACAGGACCUCUAUCUGUUGCUUGUUUGGGUCAGAGCUCCCUCUUUAGGGAAAGAUGUCACCCUUCCAGAAGGCCUUCAUUCACUUAUGGACUCUAAUGGGCACUCCCCAUACACAGAGCCCCUGGGGAAUGGGACAUGGAGGAUUGUAGAGUGGCAGAUGAGAUGUCAAGAAGUUUGGUGCGUGGUGUGGCAUCUGUGGGGCCAGAGACGGAAGUUAGGGAUGGCAGGAGGUAAUCUGUGGGCUUAGAGAGGGCUGGCAAGGAGAACUGUAAUUUUUCUUGACCAUAAUCUUAGCACAUGGAUACUGGAAGCAUGUAGUGGUCACACAGACCAGUGGGGACCAAGUGUGGCCCAAGUGUGGCCCCACUGGGAUUGCCCAUUAAUCACCCUCCUGUUGGGUCCCAACCUUGAAAGACUUGAUCUGUCCAAUCAAAAUAAGUAACACUUCAUUUCUUUCUCCAGCUGGCCUCUGAAGGCUGGGAUUCUGAGCAGCAUGAGAGACACAAUUAGCACACCGAGAUGAUGUAAUUCUAGUACACAUAAAACAAAGAAAUCUUUAGGUUAGCCAGCAUCCCCUCAUCACAGGUGCAUUUAUGAUUUAACAAGGCACAAGGAUUUUUGACGCUAAAAUUUAGCUGGAAAUUCAUCACUACUUUCAAAGACCCUGACCUGAGGAGCUGAGAUAGAGUCCAACACUCUCAUUCCGUGGUUGAGGACGUCAAGUUCUAACAAGUGGCCUGCUGGGGUCAGAAUGUUUAUGUUGCCCAAAGUCACAUGUUGCCAUCCUAACACCCAGUGUCAUGGUAUUGGGAGGUAGGGCCAUCUGGAGGUGAUCGGGUCAGAAGGGCGGAGACCUCCUGAAUAGGACUAGUACUCUCAUGGAAGAUAGCCCAAGAAAUCCCUUGCCACUUCGGCCAUGUGAAGACACAGCAAGAAGUCUGUGUCCUGAAAGAAGGUCCCCACCUGACCACGGGGGCACCUGUUCUCAGACUUCUUGCCUCCAUUACUGUGAGAAAUAAAUUUCCUUUGUUUAGAAGACACUUGGCCUAUGGUAUCUCGUGAUAGCGGCCCAAGCAGUCUAAGGCAUGGC